GCCGCAGCUAAGGGUUGCUUACGUUAGGUAAACCCGUCAGUCAUUAAGACUUUCGCAAGCAAGACAAGCUGCAGCGGCGCUCACAAAGGUGUCGUGCGCCGCAGCAAUAUAUCUUGCUGAUUCGCAGCGCGCACUGCAGCCCAGAUAACCUAGCGAGCGACUGCACAAAAGCGAAGAAGACGCAAAAGGUGUCAUGGCUUUGUCUGAAAGCCAACUCGCCAAGUUGGAGGGUGCUAUUGCUAGGAUGGUCGAAGACGACGACGCCCAAUCGUCGGUACUAGACAAAGGCUGGCUCAGGAAGAAGCUUGAGGAAGACACGGCGAGCGACGAGGAGGAAGCCGACGAUCUGGACGAUCUGCAGAAGACUGGCGGCCGCUGGCGCAUUUUGGUGUCCGUGUGGGGCCCCGCGGCGCAGAAAUGGGGCGCAAAACUGAUCCGGUUUAAGAGGAUCAUUUACAUCAUGAAGCAGUACGGACCCGGCAGCUGCGUGCCGCUGGCGUUCAUGUACAAGCACCACGUCGGGUACUUCAUCAAAUUCGCCUCCGACGAGGCGCUAGCUCCGUUCGUGCCGACGUUCCCUCCGGGCGCGGCGGCCGACGAUCCCGUGGAUCGCGAGGACGGGUUCGACCUGGGCGAGGUGUCGGCCGAGGUCGUCGCUUCCGCGGCCAUAAAUUUGCAGCGGGCGAAGUACGGGGAAGGGCCCAAGGGCCUGAUGGCGCGGCUACUCUGCGUCUGCCUGGCGGCCGAGAACGAGGGCCGGGGUUUUGGCACGUACACCGGCGGGGAGUGGAUACUCGGGCAGUUGGCGGGCAUCGUGCCCUAUGAAAAUUGUGAUUGCUUCGAAUGGUUGCACGAGAAGAGCCACGGGGACGUGCUCGCGAAGCUUUUUGAAGAACUCUUCGGGACGAGACUGGCUCCGCACGACGCGCGGAUGUUAGGAGCCAACACGGAACUCAAGGCGCGGUUCCCCAAUGACGACGGCCAGUUCACAGAUAGCGGCAGCGGGCAGGUUAUGUACAUCAGCAUUGGCGGCGGACGGAAAAAGAGCGGCUACGCGAAUCUCCGGGAGCGGCUCCGCGCGCACGACGGUAGGUUAUUAUUGCUGGCGCGGACGUACCUAGGUAACAACCGGGCCCGGCAGUCGGCUGCCCUGGGGAACCCGCUCGCCGACGCCUGUGAUGAUUUGACGUACUACAACGACGGCGAUCAGCCCCGGAUUGUGCAUGCGAGGCCGCCGUCGAGCCGUACCCGCCCGGACGAAAGAUGUGUCAUCGUCCGACAGCCUGGAGAUGCGACUCCGAGAUCCAUUCCGUGGGACCCUGACCGCGACCCGCUCUAUAUUCACCAGGCCCGUCGGGGCCUCUUCGUUUGGCACGAGAGUAUGGGGACAACUACCUUCAGAAAAAUCCCGAAGUGUAAAUUGGACACGGCGAAACUCUAUUUGUGUUGUCAGAAGAACUCAUGGGGCUCGAACAUCGAGGGCACGCCUGCGGAGCUCGACGCGGCCACGGGCCGUCAAAUCUUGGAUCUCCUCCAAGCGUCCGGCGAGAAGGAGAGUUACCUGACGUCGAUGGCGAGGGCAACUGCUACCGUCAAUGGAAAGGACGGGAGACGGCUAACCUACAACACGGGGAUGCUCACGGUCGCCCAGAUCCUUGGGGCGGAGGCGUUCCGGCUCGUGACGGAAUGCAAGGAACACAUGGUGAUCCUGCUCGCCGACGGUCGAAGAAUUAUUAUUACUACAGCUACGUGCACGGCGGCAAAUAGUGGAGACAACAGCAUCUGCCAGUUCAGUAUUGAGAGUAAUGGAAGGCAUCCACUCCUCUGGCGCCAGACCGCGGUAUGUGUUCUUGUGAUCAAGUUUCCCUCGGACACGUACGAGUUCUGCGAAGGCAACCAAUACUGUAGGCGGCUCUCUGUAGCUACACCGCGCGAUCGCAAGCUGUUCUGCGUCUUUUCUACUGACUUGUCGCUAGAGCUGCGUGAAAAAGUGAUGAAGAUUUAUGUUCCCAAGAAUUUGAUGUACGAAAAACUUCUGGCCGUCCAAGGCAUGAGACCCGACGCUCGCUACUUGUCUAAGCCCAGACUUGACCCGGCCUGGAAGGGUGGCGACGAUCUCUACCGCGUGUUUCAGAACGGUCUCGUCGAUAGCAGUGAGCUUUUGGAUAAAGUGCGGGAGGUCGGGGCGCCCUGGGCGGACUGGCUCGACGCGGCAUCGGUGCUCGGGCCCGGUUUAGAUUUAGAUGCGCUCUGCGCGAGGCUGCCGCCGGCGACGCACGCGGACGUCCGGCGGGCUUUUGGUGUGGAGACGCUCGCUACGGCGCCGCCGCAGCCGAGCGCCCUGGAGCGGACUAUUGCAGGCGACCUCGGCGCCGCGCGGGAGCACCUCGCGCAUCAUUCGCAAGCGACGCGCCCGGCUCCGCCGCCGAACCUCGGCGCCGCUGCGCCCGUCGUCGCGGGGCGCCCCGUGCCGCGCUCGGGGUUCGAGAACGACGGCCCGCUCGGACCGAGCUUCACGACGCCGAUGUUUCGUGCGCUGCCCAAUGCGCCGUACAAGCCGCAAGGCCCGGGGGGCUACCGACCGCAAGAUGACAGCUCCGCGCCGGUCCAUCACUUCACCUUCAGCGACUCGGACGACGAAGAGGAGUGGUGAAGGAGCGUGGUGAGACGAGUACAC